UUUUGCUAAAAGAAAGUAGUUUUAUAAACUACAAUUAGAAUUUAUGCUUUACUUUCUUGGUUGAAUUUGUUUUCACUGUUGUCAAAGGUCAUAGAGUUAAGAUAUUUCACGUUUUGGUGUAGAUAAAGAGUAUGUCGGAGGGAGCAACGGAAACAAAAGCGGAACGGUUGGCUCAAGCUCGAAAGAAAUUGCGGGAUUAUCAAUCUAAACAUCGCAACGAAAAUGUAGAAUUUACUUUAUCUCCUUCUCCAAGUGUUUCAAGUAUGGUCGAAAAUAGUGGACGACGAUCUGUUAUUAACUUGCAACUGUGCAAUAACGUUGAAAUGAAAGACACUUUCCAAAGAGUUCAAACAGGAUCACAGAGUUCUCCAUCGACAAUGACACAAAGUAUUACGAGUCAUAAUGUUUCGAAUACAAACAGCAGUGCUCAGGCGAAUGAUUUAAGGGAUAAAUUUCAACAAAGUGGUACACCAGAAUUGUAUUCGAACGUACCGGAGGAUCUACCCGACUUGAAGCUGGAAUGCGUUCGGUUGAGAGAAGAAUUAGCUUUACGUACAGCUGAAAAAGGGCAAUUUUCUUCACAGCUUGCUGAGCUGGUUGGACAUUAUUCACAAAUUCAUGCUGCUUAUACAAAGCUCAGUGAAUGUGUAAAAAAUGGUGACCCAGGUGGAUCCACUUUACAAACACAGCUCGUUCAUUUGCAAACAGCAAUGAGUGUUGUUGUCAAGGAGAAAACAGCUUUACAGCAGCAAUUAAGACAGAAAAAUGAGCUAGUCAUGGAUCGAAAUAAACAAAUUUGCAGUCUUACGAUCGAAAUGCGUGAGAAGACCUCGCAUAUUACAUCGUUGGAGACGGAAAUCGUAUCAUUGCGUAAAAAAAUCGAUUCACUGAGUCAUGCAGUGCAAAAGCAAGUGGAAGAGUCAGAAAGUGGUCGACAAGAAACAGUUAACUGGCAGACUAAAGUGCUACAUAUGCAGCAGGAUCGGGACGAUGCUAAAGAACGAUUAAAAAUUUGCAUGAAAGAAGCGGAGGCUGCUCAAGCAGAACUCGAUGAAGCUCGCAAACAGUUACGGAUGAAGGAUAUUUAUCUUCGUCAGUUAGGGGCAUAUAAAGGUGAAGAUGCUCGCAUAGAAGAGGACACUCGAAAUCUUGGUGAUGAAAUUGAAGAACUGAGAAGUAGACUGGUUAGAGCAGUAGAUGAGACAGAAAAAUGGAGGAAGGAAGCACAAUUGGCACGGGAGCGUUAUGAAUUGUAUGGGACACAACUGAAUCAGAAUAUCGUACAAAUGAGUACGAAGCUGGAGGAAAUAUCAAAUGAGAAGCUAGUUCUGGAAUCAAAAGUGCAGACUUUAGAAAAUCAAGUAGAAAUGUUACAGGCAAUCGACAGACCAAAUUUAGUGAAUGAUGAUUAUAGCUAUACUGUGAAUUCAGUCGAACUCCAGAAAGUCCAAAAUAAAUUGAUUGAAACUGCGAAUGACUACCAAAGAGCGGAACAACUGAUUGAGGAAUUGAACGCAAAACUUGUGAAUAAAGAACAGGAAGUUCAGAUACUUUCUUCUGCUCUUAAUGAUGAGAAAUCAAAGUUGAUGAAAAAAACUGCUGAACUGGCCAUGGUUGAAGAAUCGCUUUCAAGAGCUCGGUCUAUUGCUGAGGAGCAACAGAAAUAUGCAGAGGGAGCACUUUCACUAUCAGAGCAGCUGCAGAAUGAGAAAGCUACGGUUUCAAGAGCUAUUGCGCAGAAUCGAGAAUUGAAGGAGCAGUUGAUCGAACUGCAAGAUAAAUUAGUAAUGGUUACACAGGAAAGCAUGGAAAGGGAAAGUGGACGACUGAGUGCAUUGCAUUUGGUUAGUCAGCUGAGAAAUGAAUUGAAUCGGCUUUCUGAUCAAUCUUUUGAUGGCAAAAAUGUUAAUUCUUUGACAGUCCCAAUUAUGUCGAACGGCGAUGCAUAUGAGCAGGAGCGGCAUAUUCAGUAUAUCGAUUCACAAGACCGUGAUGAAACUAUUUCAACACCGUCGGUUUCUGAGUGCUAUGAUAGAGAUAUGUCGCUUUCGCACACAGAAGAUACUCAUAUCCAUGCUGAAGUAGAAUUAGCUAAUGUUAGAAUGGUCUUGGAUGAAUUAAGGCUUGAUCAUAGGCGAGUAAUGCAAGAGAAUGAGGAAUUGCGAAGGAUAAUGGAACAAAAUUCUGAGGAUGAAAAUCAGAAUAACAUUCAUGUUGAACUGGGACAAGCAGUUGAGAGGAUCAACGUAUUAUCUGUUGAGAAUGAACAAUUACGGAAUGAUAUCAGCUUGUUGCAAGAGAAGUUAAACAAUGCUUCAUUAUCAAGUAAUACGCCUUCAUCAUCUCAAUACGAUACAUUGUCUCCUGUUUGGCUAAAUAGCGAUGUUAUGAAGCAACUUGAAGCACCCUUAAUAAAAGAAAAACCGCUGGCUUGGACGGAACUGGAGACUCGUUUCACUCGGGCAAUGCGACAAGUUGCAGAUCUUGCCGAAGAAAAGGAACAUCUUCAACAUAUUGUAAUGCAGUUGGAGACUGAAAAUGAUACUAUCGGUGAUUAUGUGACAUUGUAUCAACAUCAAAGAAAAAAGAUCAAUGAGAGGAUGCGCGAAAGAGAGGAAGCAGUUGCAAAAUUGUCUUUUGAAAAAGAACAAAUGCAGCAAAAGCUGAACGAGCUACAAAAAGUUCUGAUAAAUCUAUUAUCAAAGAAAGGAUUGUUGCAUAUUUAUGAACAUGAAAAAGAGACGCUAAACCGUAAUGAGUCAUCGAAAUAUUCACGGAGUGUGCGACCGUAUAGUCGCGGUACUGAGGAUGAAUUUUUUGGUACUGAGGAGACAGUUGUUGAUGGUUCAAAACUGCUCAUUCUCAACAACCCGGAUUCAUAUAUUGGCAUUUCAAACAUUCCUAGAAAUGAAAUCAAGACAAACAUUUUGGAAAGCAAUGCUGAUGAUGAUAUUGGUGUGCAGAGGAUUUUAAAUUUGAUAUCAGAGUUGCAGGAUCUGGAACGUACAAGAACAUUGGCACCUUGCAGUCCUAAUUUACACUGCAGCGAAUGCCGUGGAAAAUUAAUCAAUUUGUGAUAAUAUGAAAAAAUAACUGUUGGAGUUUCAUUCUCUGGAGUAUAUCUUGCAUUAUUUCUCUGAUCACUGGAAUUUCUUUUUCUUUUGAAUGAAACUCAUCUGUGUCCUUGUGUUUAUUACGUUGUUGGAUUUCGAUUCAUCACUGCAUUAUUUUCUUCUCUGAUAACGUACUUUUGUGUAGCAGCUAUGUGGAUUUCCCAGUAUAAGCGGGACAAAAGUUAGAAGUAGUGCUCAGCCUGUUCCACUUCACGAC